AUGGAUCACCUAUUUGGAUUUGCUAUCUUAGCUCUUGCGGGUUCUCUCAUCUUCUUUUUUGCUACUGGCUUCCCAGCUUGGCCAUGUUCCAAUAAUCUCUUUCAGGGAGAAUGUACCAAGGAUUUCGAAUUUAGGGAAAUUGGAAUUCUCUUUAUUGUUGUUGGUCUUUUGGCAUUCUUUACGGCAUUGUUACUUAUUCAUUUCGGUGUGACAAGAAUUGAAUGGGCAGCAUGGUCUGCUCUAGUGUUUUCUGGUAUUGUAGCUGCCUUGGCUCUUGGUUCAAUUAUCUUCUACGUCACCAAAAGAGAUCCAGCGAGCCCAUAUGUGAGUGGUGUUGCUGCUGGCCUUUCAGUUGGGUUGUUCGUUCUUCUGGUGAUUGAAUACACUGAGUAA